AUGCGAACUCCAGGAGCUGAAGACAUUCUUGUCUCCGAAAUCCUCGUCGUUGUAGCAGUAGCCCUCGUCGCAGCUCGUCUCAACCUUCGCCUUCGAAUCCAAAAGCGACGACUUCUUCUCAGCGACAAAUUUAUGGUCGCGGCAUGCAUAUCUGGCAUCAUAGCUGCCGCAUUUACUCCUGCGUUUGCAGCCCUCGAUGCCUUCGAUCCGAAAGUACACUCGACGCUUCAGGGAUACAGUGGUAACGGGAAAAGACUUCGACUUAUACUGAAGCUGCUCUUCGCUUCUAAUUUCCCAUUUUAUACGACACUCUACCUUUGCAAGGCUGUUCUCCUGUCGGUCUACUUGCAGGUAUUCCCAGAGUUUAUGGUCAAGAGACGCAGAUUUCUAUGGGCGACAAUAUGGUUUAUAGCCAUCAGUUAUAUAACGACUAUUCUUCUCAUCCUUUGUAUCUGCCUCCCCCUGCCACGGCAUUGGGAUUUGGACGCCGAUAUGACAUGUCAAGCUUGGACUUAUGCAGUCAAUUUCAACGUGGGCUGGGCCCUGUCGUUUCUUGGAGAUAUACUGGUUUUUAUUCUUCCUUGGCUCAUUGUACCAGCAUUGCAAGUCAAGAGAGCACUGAGACUUGGCAUCUACUUCACAUUUUUGCUUGGAACUGUCAACAUGGCGGUCAGCCUUGUUCGAUUCGUCAUGAUCUUCAAAGCAGGUGCCGACUCAUCGAUAUCAUUGAGCACUAUUGUACUCUGGAGUGCCCUGGAUGUCAACAUUGGCCUUGUAGUCGCGUGUCUGCCAUCAUUACGACCAUACUUUGGAUCACGAAAUCAAUCAGAAAAGCCGAGUUUCGAAAGCAGGAAUAAAGAGAGGCACCGAAGGCCAUCAAAGUUUGGUAUUGACACACUUCGACAUAAUUACAUGAAAUACGACGAGGAGGCUUCGCCUUCGUUUUCUGCACGACACAGUACAAGAGAAGCAUCGCAGUGGGGAAAUUAUGAUGUGAUAUCAGAUGAUGGAAAGAGGAGUUGUACAGAUGUAAGCGAUGUUGCGCUGGUAGAGUUGAGAUUCCCGCCUACCGCUAAAGUAUCAGAGAUAAAACUUUAA